AUGGCGUCGAUUUUAUCAUUUUAUCGACUGAUCCUGCUUCUCCUCCUUGCUACCUUCGGAGCAGCAUCCGUUUUACAUCGAUGGCCUAAGCGUCUAGCUGAAAUCAGGAAGGCAAUCGAGAGGCAUAUUGGAGUAGCACCCAAAGAUGUUACUUACAAGUACAUAGCCUUGAAUUACAACGACCUCGCAGACUUGGCUUUGGUAAACAUAUCAAACCGGGGCAUGGCUUUGUUUCAAUAUGAUCCGGACAGCGACGGGAAUGGGCAGAGGGCCUGGCGGCUUUUCUAUGAAGUCUCAUUCAAGCACAAGAUGUUAUUCUAA